AUGUCGAAGCCAGACGUUAUCCACGACGAAGCAACCCGAAACAAGCUCACAGAUACCAGUGGUAUCGAGCGGGUUCCAUUAACCGAAGACGAAAGCAAGAGGAUCUGUCGCAAGACCGAUCGGACGAUUCUUGUCGUGCUGGCAUGGGUUUACUUCCUGCAGAUCCUCGACAAAACAGUCUUGGGCUACGGGGCGACCUUCGGCCUACAGACUGACACAGGCCUCACCGGCAACGAAUAUUCCCUGGUCGGAUCCAUCAGUCCCAUUGCGCAACUCGCAUGGCAGCCCUUCUCCUCUUAUCUCAUUGUCAAGGUUCCCCACCGCAUUUUGAUGCCAGCUCUGUGCCUGGGGUGGGGAAUCGCGCAGACCUGCAUGGCGGCGUGCCACAACUUCAGCACCUUGAUGGCAGCCCGCUUUUUCCUCGGCUUGUUUGAAGCGGGCUGUCUGCCACUCUUUGGUGUGAUCACCAGUCAGUGGUACCGACGCGCGGAGCAGCCGAUCAGGAUUGCAGCCUGGUACAGCACGAAUGGCCUCGCCACCAUCGUCGCUGCUGCAUUGUCCUAUGGACUGGCACAGAUCGAGUCGGAUGUAUUGAAGUCAUGGCAGAUUAUCUUCCUGGUCGUCGGCUUGAUCACCGUGGCAUCCUCCCCCAUCGUCUACUGGCGUCUGGAUAACGACAUCUCAACUGCGCGAUUCCUCACCGAGGCUGAGCGGGCCCAAGGAAUCGAGCGUCUUCGAGCCAAUCAGACUGGAACGGGAAACACUGAGUUCAAGAUCAGUCAUGUCCUCGAGGCUUCUCUGGAGCCAAAAACAUAUCUUUGGAUUGGAAUGGCGAUGCUCCUCAACAUUGGCGCCAGUGUCACCAACAUUUUCGGUCCGUUGAUUCUCAGUGGGCUCGGCUACGACAAAUACAGAACCACCCUGCUCACCAUGCCAUUCGGUGCCUUACAAUUCCUCAUCAUUCUAUUGGCGAGUUAUCUUGCCCAGACAGCACGCCUCAAGGGAGCUAUCAUCGCGGCAUUCAUGUUGCCCGUCAUCGCAGGUCUCUCCAUUCUUUAUGCCGUGGCGCGAACCAAGUCGGUUCAGAGCGAGCUUCUCGCUGGCUACUACCUACUGGCAUUCUUGUUCGGAGGCAACCCUUUGAUUGUUACCUGGAUUAUCGGCAAUACCGCAGGCACCACCAAGAAAUCGGUCAUCAUGAGUUUGUACAACGCUGCCAGUUCAGCUGGUAACAUCAUUGGGCCGUUGCUCUUCAACGAGAAGGACAAGCCAUCCUAUCACCCGGGCCUGCGCGCAUGUCUUGGGAUUUUCAGCACAUUAGCUGCUGUGGUACUCCUUCAAUGGGUCAACCUGUGGUUUCUUAACAAACAACAAGCCCAACUCCGAGUGCGAAAUGGCAAGAGAGCGGAGAUCGUGGACCACUCCAUGCAGACGCAUUACCACGAAAUGCAAGAAAAUAACUUGGAGGACGCUUCCAUCGAUCCAGUCCCUGUUGGCGAUAAUGCAUUCCAGGAUCUUACUGAUCGGGAGAACGACGAAUUUGUCUACAUCUAUUAG